AUGCGGAAUGGGUUGUCAUGGAAACGAUACGGUUACUAUGGAAAUGGUUACUAUAGAAACGGUCACUAUGGAUACGGUUACUAUGGAAACGGUUACUGUAGAAGCGGUUACUAUAAAAACGUUUACUAUGGAUACAGUUACUGUAGAUGCGGUUACUAUGGAAAGGGUUACUAUGGAAACGGUUACUGUAGAUACGGGUACUAUGGAAAUGGUUACUAUGGGAACGGUCACUAUGGAUACGGUUACUAUGGAAAGGGUUACUGCAGAUACGGUUGCUAUGGAAACGGUUGUUAUGAAAAUGGUUACUAUGGAAACGGUUACUAUGGAAAUGGUUACUCUAGAUACGGUUACUAUGGAAAUUGUUGUCAUGUAAACGAUUGUUAUGGUAAAGGCUGCUGUGGUAACGGUUAUUAUGGAUACGGUUAUUCCAGAUACGGUUACUAUGGAAAAGGUUUUCUUGGAAACGAUUGUUAUGAUGAAGGCUGCUAUGGAAACGGUUACUAUGAAUACGGUUACUAUGGAUACAGUUACUGUAGAUGCGGUUACUAUGGAAAGGGUUACUAUGGAAACGGUUACUGUAGAUACGGGUACUAUGGAAAUGGUUACUAUGGGAACGGUCACUAUGGAUACGGUUACUAUGGAAAGGGUUACUGCAGAUACGGUUGCUAUGGAAACGGUUGUUAUGAAAAUGGUUACUAUGGAAACGGUUACUAUGGAAAUGGUUACUCUAGAUACGGUUACUAUGGAAAUUGUUGUCAUGUAAACGAUUGUUAUGGUAAAGGCUGCUGUGGUAACGGUUAUUAUGGAUACGGUUAUUCCAGAUACGGUUACUAUGGAAAAGGUUUUCUUGGAAACGAUUGUUAUGAUGAAGGCUGCUAUGGAAACGGUUACUAUGAAUACGGUUACUAUGGAUACGGUUACUGUAGAAACGGUUACUAUGGAAACGGUUUUCAUGGAAACGGUUGCUGUGGUCUGUUGUCAUGA